AUGGCGACUGAGAAGAAAAUAAUCAGUCUUACUGUCAAGGUUGGAUUGGUGCUGUUUGCACUAUGCAUUCUUGCGCCGGUUUCGCUCAUGGUGCUGUUCAGGCAUGCAGUUCCUCUGCAGACAUUGAGGUUGCUGUUUUCAGCUGGUUCAGCAUCUUUGGUGGCUUGGGAAGAAGUAAAGAUGUACUCUGCAAACAAAGGAGCGUUAAUGUGUGAGUGUGACAUGUCGAGCCUAAGAUCAGAUGUAUGCGAGCUGAGGGGCGAUGUCCGGGUAAUCCUCUCAAACAUCACCAUCAUUGCCCUCCUCCACCCCAAUGUCUCUGUGAGGCGCCGGUCAUGGAGGAUGAAGCCGCACGCGAGGAAGAAUGAUGGCCAUGCGCUCGCCAAUGUCACAGAGGUGUUGGUGUCGGUCACCCCUUCAUCACCUUACGCUCCGGGAUGCACGGCCGAGAGUGCCGCCCCAGCGGUGGUCUUCUCGGUCGGCGGCUACGCAGGCAACAUGUUCCAUGACUUCACCGACGUACUCAUCCCGCUCUUCAUCACCGCCAGCCGGUUCCGCAGCGAUGUGCACCUCCUUGUCAGCGACGCCCCACCGUGGUGGCUUGACAAGUACCGACCGCUGCUCCAGGGGCUAUCCCGCCAUGCUGUCAUUGACAUGCACAGGCAAAGCGCAGAGGUGCUCUGCUACCCUCAUGUGGUCGUCGGCCUCAGCUUCCACAAGGAGAUGAGUAUCGACACCGCCAAGACUGUCGGUGGGCACUACUCCAUGGCAGACUUUGCCCGCCUUGCCCGGAGAUCCUAUGGCCUCGAGAGAGAUACCGCCAUCCGGCUGCUACAUGGCGGUGACAAUAUCAAGAGCCCGCGGCGCCCCAGGCUGCUCAUCAUUUCCCGGAAGACAACCAGGGCGUUCACCAACAUGGGCGCUGUUGCACAGGCGGCAGCCAUGCUUGGCUACGAGGUGAUCGUCGGCGAGGCGGAGCAGCACUCGGACAUGUCCGCCUUUGCGCGGCUGGUGAACUCGUGCGACGUGCUGGUGGGCGUUCACGGCGCUGGGCUCACCAACCUGGUGUUCCUCCCGCCAGGGGCUGUGGUGGUGCAGGUGGUGCCGCUGGGUGGGCUGGAGGCCAUGGCGAGGGACGACUUCGGGGAGCCGGCUGCCGACAUGGGGCUCGGUUACGUGCAGUACGGCAUCGCCGUCGGGGAGAGCACACUGGCGGAGCUGUACCCACGUGACCGCCGUGUGCUGAGGGACCUGGCGCUCCGGUCGGCGUACCUGGUCAGCCAGAACGUCACGCUUGAUGUCGCUCGGUUCAGUGGCGCCUUGUCCCGUGCUCUGGAGCUUCUUCACCGUUAG